AUGGUGUCUUACCGUGAUUAUGAGAUUUACUUGCUCUUUCUUCUGCUGGUGAAGUUUCACGGGUCAGGGGGUGUGAAUAUGCCUUUCACCCAGGAACCUUCUGAUCCAAGCUACUUUAACAAUCGUAGUGAUGCCAACCUGGUGUGGGACUACACUGAUGCACAUGAUACGAUUCAGAGCAUUACCUUUAGCGUUGUGAUAAACGGUGCAUUUCUCAAAAUGAUAGUCAAUGACAGCAAUGGUGUCCAAGAACAUCCUUCUAUUCCUCUUUCUUACAAAGGAAGAGUUAAAAUUGAAGGAAGAGCUACCCUGGUUAUCAAGACCAUCAACCCAGGAGACAAUAACAAAUUUAGAUGUGAACUGGGCGGAUCUAUCAACACGUUUGCCAGUACGGUUCAGCUUAUUGUGGCAGAGGCACCACUUAUAAAGCUCUCGUUAGGAGGAAAACAUUACAUUGAGGGAUCCCCUGUCACCAUAGCCUGUGAAGCUUCUGGGAAACCACUGCCGGAUGUAGCAUGGAUUAGAAAUGGAGAACUGGAAAGUUCAGGGAAUAAAGCUGCGAUUUUAAAGUUCGAUAAUAUCAACAGAACAGAUGCAGGAAAAUACACAUGUCAAGCCAAUAACUCAGUGGAAGUCACUUCCAUUGACACAACAAUUGUAGUUCACUACAAACCCGAAGGUGCAAGGCUCACUACCAAUGCUUCACAAAAUACCGUCACUGAAGGAGACACAGUUACAUUCAAGUGCAUAGUUAUGGCUGCUGUGCCACAAGUGUCAAUUUACAAGUUCUAUUUCAAUGGCCGCCUCUUAAGCGGGAAAAGCAUCAGUGAGUAUACUCUCAAUAACGUCAAUCGAUCUCAGCACUCUGGCGUGUACAAAUGUGUCCCACAUAAUGACGCUGGAGAUGGAGCAGAAGCCACUGUGAGACUUAACAUAAAUGUUCCUGUCCAGUUUACAGAAGUGCCACAGAAUAUAACAGUUAAUAGGUCAACUCUUCUGUUUUUGAGUUGUGAUGCCUCUGGUUUUCCUGAACCUACGAUAAGAUGGGAAAAAUCUGGGAUUAAUUUGUCCCACAGCAAACAGUUGAACAUCAUCAGUAGUAACAGGAACGAUGCAGGAGAAUAUGUUUGCAUCGCAAGCAAUGGAGUAAGACAGGAAAAGACAGUAAGAGCUUAUGUCACUGUACAAUACCCGCCCACAAUUCAAAAUGUCACCACGUCAUCUAAGAAGUCUUGGAUUGGCCAGACAGUGACUUUGAAGUGUCUUUCUGAUGGUGUUCCUACACCAACACUCUAUUGGUACAAACCUAACGGAAGUGAAAUAAACAGAGUCAGAACCAGAGAAAACAAAGUACAAGUGCCACUCAGGGGUGAUCAAGAUUUUGGUCAUUACAAGUGCAUUGCUGCCAAUGGACUUGUUCCAUCUGAUGAGGAGUUAAUAAAGAUAAAUCGGAUAAAGAAACCAGGGAAAGCAUCCAUCAAAUCAUCAGAAUCAGUAAUUCAAGCAACUUUUAUAACAAUAAGAUGGACUGCACCAGCUGAUGAUGGAGGAAGUCCAAUUACAGGAUACCGACUGAUCUUACAAAAGGGUGAAACUGAGAUAGAAAAGGAUAAUAUCACCGAUCCUGGGACGACAACUUAUUCGUUUCGUGGUUUGGAGAAAAAUACCAACUACACAGUGAAACUGUUUUCCAGAAAUUUUGUAUUCGAGGGAGAUCCUAUUGUAAGGACGAUUAAGACCAAGUUUGAAGGAGCCCCAGAUGUGGUCGAAAUGGACGAACUGCCGCGUGAAAUAACAGACGAUACAAUUACCUUAAAGUGGAAGGAGCCAGAAAAUAAUGGAAAAGUUAUUAUUAUGUAUACAGUGUACCAAAGAGUAGUGACUGAUGGAAAAGUGGAACAGUGGACAGAAAUAAGGAGAAUCAGAGAUGUUUCUGUGAGAGAAUUGAAAAUAACGUUGGAGAGAGGAAAGGUAUAUCAGUUUGCCAUUACUGCAACUAAUGAGCUUGGUGAAAGCCUAAAACAAGAGAGAGCAAACAUCCAGCAAGUCAAGGCAGAAGGAAGUCCUGAGGAAUGUAACUGCCCAUCUAACAACGUCUUGCUGGCCAUAAUUGGGGUUCUUGCUUUCACAGUCCUUCUUCUAACUAUUUACAUAAUCUGGCUACAUAAGAAAG